CUUUUGUUGAUUGUAGUGUUGAAUUUGUAUUUGUUCUUGGGCACUGGUCAUGUCGAACGUAAAGCAAAAAGCAUCAGAAAAUCAGAAUGAGGGCCGUGAGAAUUGGUCUGGACGCCUUGAUUUUAUCAUGUCCUGUAUUGGGUAUUCAGUAGGAAUAGGCAACAUAUGGAGGUUUCCAUAUCUAUGUUAUAAAAAUGGUGGAGGCGCCUUCUUAAUUCCCUACCUGUUAUUUAUGGUCGUAGGAGCUGUUCCUAUAUUUUUCUUAGAGUAUGCGGUUGCCCAAUUCUCUAGUAGUAGUACACUAACAGUUUGGAAAAUAUGCCCACUAAUGAAAGGUGUUGGUUACGGAGCACUACUUGUUUCAGCAAUAUUCUGUGUAUACUUCAACAUAUUUAUGACAUGGACUAUAUACUUCCUGUAUCAGUCAAUGACAUCAAUAUUACCAUGGAGUCACUGCAACAAUGAAUGGAAUACAGAAAAUUGCUUAGAAAAUUUCAGACACAAUGCGUCCCUUUCAAAUGUAUCAAAAGAAGCUAAUUGGUCUAUGAACACAAAUUUAACCAAAAUGACUCCAAGCGAGGAAUAUUGGAAAUAUAACGUGCUCCAGAUAACUGCAGGGAUUGAAGACAUGGGCGGCAUCAGACUAGAACUUCUAGCAUGUCUAUUUGCAGCAUGGGUUCUAGUAUUUCUUUGUCUAUUCAAUGGAAUAAAGUCAUCUGGAAAGAUUGUAUAUGUGACUGUUACAUUCCCAUAUAUUGUGCUGAUUAUAUUUCUAGUCAGAGCUGUAACCUUACCUGGUGCUAUAGAAGGCAUUAAAUUCUUGAUAAUUCCAAAGUGGCAUAAUUUGCUUUCAACAAAGGUGUGGGGUGAGGCCGCUGUACAGAUUUUCUUUUCGUCUGGUGCUGGAUGGGGUGCAAUUUUAACUAUGGCCAGUUUUAACAAAUUUCAUCAUAAUAUGUAUAGGGAUGCCAUAAUUGUACCAGCUAUCAACAGUGGAACAAGUAUUUUUGCUGGCUUCGUCACAUUUUCUAUCCUUGGAUUUAUGGCGCACGAAAAAGGAAUGGCAGUUGAAGAUGUCCUAACACAAGGUCCUGGUUUAGUGUUUAUGGCUUAUUCAGAAGCUAUAUCACGACUUCCUGUUUCACCAUUGUGGGCGAUUCUAUUUUUCCUGAUGAUGCUAACAAUUGCUAUCGAUACACAGUUUGGGACAUUUGAAACUAUAACGAGUGCACUGACAGAUGAAUUUCCAAAACUAUUGAGGAAAAGGAAAAUGCUGGUCACAGCUGGAGUCUGCUUUUUAGGAUUUCUGUUAGACAUACCACUUAUUAUGCAAGGAGGCAUGUAUAUUUUACAAAUUGUGGAUUGGUACUGUGGACUGUUUACUCCCAUGCUUGUUGCUGUUAUAGAGUGCAUCGUCAUAGGAUGGAUUUAUGGUACAGACCAAUUUUAUAAAGACAUAGAAAUGAUGAUAGGAUACAAACCAUGUACAGGGUGGAAGAUCUGUUGGAAAUUUAUAACUCCGGUUGUUAUACUGGUAAUGUUAGUUUUCAACAUGACACAACUGCAACCAGUAUCAUAUAAUACCUAUCAAUAUCCAUCGUAUGCCAUUGUGAUCGGCUGGGUCAUUGGGAUGGUUUCAAUAGUACCUAUUCCAUUAUAUAUGAUAAAGGCAAUAGCGUGUGCUGAGGGAUCCUUACAGCAGCGUAUAAAACAUCUUCUGCGACCCAUUUCCGAAUGGGAACCAUUCUUAAGAAGUGAGAAGAAUCGAAUGGAAACAUGUACAUUGACAUAUUUUAAACCAAGUAGAAAAUGUGAAUUGAAUUCCACAAAAAACACUGAUGAAAUACAAAAUAUACUUUAAUUUUAUGAUAUUUACCAAUCAUAUGCAUAUGUACUAUUUGAAUUCUCUUGUAUGCAAGUUUAGAUUAUGACAAUUGUUUUUCAAUAUCCUUUACAAGUAUCUUUCUUUUUCGCUGUCUUUCUCUAUAGUUUCUAUAUCUUGUAUUCGCUGUCUUUCUUUUUAGUUUCUAUAUCUUUAUUCGCUGUCUUUCUAUUUAGUUUAUCGAUCUUAUCAGGGAAUUAAUUAAGAAGGAUAUUUUUCUGACAGUUUCAGAAAUAUAGAACCAGAGUUAGUCAUUUACGACUCCGGACAUGUUGAAAAUGAACUACACUUUCUGAUUGAAAGCCAAUUUUACAAUGGACUACGUAAUCAAUUAUUCUCUGGACUUGGUGAAACCGUAUUGAAUUUGAUUAACAGUGAAAAGUUAAAUUUAUUUUUGUCAGAAUAUCCUCAAAAAGCAGCUCGAUACUUAAACAUUCAUUUACAAAACGCAGACAACACUUAUAUUUAAAUAAUUAACAUGUAUAUAAAAUUCCUGAUGACAAUCUAAAUUAUUACGAUAGUAUCUUUUUGAAGUGACUUAUAGGUCCAUUGGGCCGGGUGUAAUUUAAUUGAAAUAUUUCAAUAUUGUACAUAAUUUGUUAUACACAAUGUCACUACAAUAAACAUAUUUGUAUUGUAGUCAGAAUCUGUGUUUCUAAA